UCCUGGUUUUUUCCAUUUCUGGCGAAUCUCUCGUUGAGAGAGGUUGUUUCUUACGUGCGGGUUUUUACAGUAUAUCGUAUUUAGUUAUUAGCCAUUUACUUUCUAAAAAGAACACUGAGUAGAGUCACUGUGGCUUUUCGGGUUGUUUUUGACUGUUUCUUCAUUGAAAAUGCGGCUGCUGAUCACUCUUCUCCCCGUCGUCUUUAUGUUUUGGACUGAGGCCAAUUCCGGUAAGCGUGAGAUUCCAUCUUGAACAGUCGAGUCUACAAGGCAGUCGGAGACACGGUGGUCCUCGAACCAGGCCAUGAGGGGGGCAGCAUCACCAGCAUAACCUGGAAACAUGGUGCCAAUUUCGCCAUGGAGUGGCACGGAGAAGAGACCGUCCCUUACCACGACUUUAAAGUUCGCGGUAUGUUGAAUACUUCCACUGGAGAGCUGACAAUCACAGGACUGAAUCAAACCGACAGCGGCAACUACACGGUGGAGAUCAACGGCCAUGGCAUCGGCACCACUGAGCUUGUGGUCAUCUCUCCUGUCUCGAAACCCAGUGUCUCCGGGCAGUGUAACCCUGAGAACACCAACUGCACUUUCACCUGCGAAGGCAGCACCAAAGACGAUGGACCCAUCACCUAUGAAUGGAAGGCUAAUGGCAAGACCUUGUCUUCAACCAGCGUGCUCACAAUAACACAGGAAGAGAAGGAGCCGCAGUUCCAGUGUGUGCUGAAGAACCCAGUCAGCUCCCAAAGCAGCGAUCUGGUCCCAAACCCCUUCAUCACCAGCAUCCGGGAGAGGCUGUUUCUCAUCAUACCAUCAGUGGGUCUAAUUCUGUUGCUAUGUGGCUCUGCUAUCUUCGGUUUCAUCAAAUUCAGAAAGGAUCGUCAUAAAUGGACACCACAAGAUGGGACAUCACAAGAGAUGUCUCAGAUGCUUCCAGAACACCCGGAGGUGCCAGUCGUUGUGUCCCACGAUGCUAACAACCAACACGAGAUUCAACCAUCAACCCUGACCUCCGUGCAACUUGAGUCCCCGCAUGCCAACGGCAUCGCUGUGGCUUCAGAGGCCCCUGGACCACUCGCUCAGGACCCGACGUGUCCUGCGUCCUCAGAUGACAGCAAAGAGGCUGAAAAGCCAGUGGACCCUCCAGUGGACCGUCCAGACUCUCCAGUGGACCAUCCAGACUCUCCAGUGGACCGUCCAGACUCUCCAGUGGAGCCUACAGUGGACCCUCCAGUGAACCCUCCAGUGGACCCUCCAGGGGACGGUGAAAUGUCCAGUGAGAAUCUGACGUGUGCUGCGUCUCCAGAUCCCACGAAUGAAGCCGAUUUAGAACGUUCAGAGAGCUCAGCAGCGAUGCCCAGCAGCCAAGAAACACUCGGCGAGGACCUGCCUGUGGAUCAGCAGCCAGCAGGAGAUCUGCCAGAAGUGGACCAAAACUGUGGUGCUCUCAGCUCUGUUUUGAAGUCAUCUUGAAGCCAAAUGUCAGAUUCUUUCAUUUUGAAGGGGUUUCAUGUCUGUAAGUAACUUCUGUGAGCUACUGCUUGAAGCAGUGUUACAUACAGGCAGGUGGGUCCAGGACUUUGCCAAAUUACCGUACUACUGCUGCUGCUGCAAGGUUACAUUGUAAAGUAAUGGAGGAUUUGCAGCAAAUUUUAGGCACUAAGCAGUUAAUUUUUGCCCUCAUUUACCAAAGGGCCUGUUUGUUCUUAUGCAGAAUGUACUGUAAACAUGUGAGGAGGUCAUGAACAGUUGAAGAAUUAGCUGCUUUGAUGAUUUAUUGCUGGGGAGACUAUGCAUUUCAAAGUUAUUUCUACAGAGACCUUUCAUUUCAUGACUGUAUCAAAAGACAAAUGUGACUUCUGACUGCUCGCUGCAGCUGAGUGCACUGAUAUUUUUAUAUUUUGAUAUUUAUAAAGUAGCAGAAGUUUGGCACAAGUCACAUGAACUGCAGCUCUUGUCUUACGGUUCUGUUGGUAAAUUGUCCUGACUUAGUUAUGAAUUCUUAGAUUUGAGGCGAAACCAAGAAAAGGGAAACCUUUCAUGUAUAUGAAUGUUACAUCAAUACCAAGCAUCAGCAUUUGAUCACAGCCUUCAUCCGCUCGAACAAAAUGUUUCCAAAUCCAAACUCUGGUGCUGAACUUCCUUUUGCAGACAGGAAUUGAGUUGCAGGUAGCUGCAACACCGGUAGUGACUCUUUCUGCAUAUUAACACUGCAAAAGGAAGAGGAAUUUUGUUGUUGUUGUUGUUGUAUUUUAUAGAAAUACUGUUAACCAAAGAGUACAAACAUAUUGAUAUUCUGGAUGGUCAACAACUCUUACUUGAUUGUCGGUGGGAAAGUGUGGGAUCUCUGAAGGAAAGAAGCUUUUUAUUUAUUUUCUACUGUUUUGUUAUUUGUCAUAUGUCCACCAGGGGUCCGCACACACCGCAGUUUUGCCCCUGUGCCUUGUUGGGACUGUCAUACAGACUGCACGUGUAGGAAGAUGGACGACACUAUAGAACAGUGUUUUCUAUAAUUAAUCAGAAAACAAAUCUGCAGACAUACUGGGCGAAGAGAGAAAAUGGUUAACAAAAGUCAAACAGUAGGAAAUACUGUCAAAAAGGAAAUACUUUUGUAUGUUAUUGUUUGUAAUUUCUUAUUCUCUGAGACACACAUGGAGGCAUUUGGUUUUUAAACUUGUGCUCUUGUAAAAACAGGUUUGGAGAUGUUGUGGCUCGUCCAUCUUCAUGCACACUAUUGCUUUUAUAUAUUGACCUCAUAGAAUAUUUUUAUUUAAUUACUUGGUAACAUUAAAUGUAUUUAUAUUUAACAGCAUAUGUUUGUGAAUAGGCUUAUAAAUUUUAAAUGACAGUACUAUUGACAGUCACAGCUUUAGUGACACUAUUGUCACUAAAGCUGUGUCCCAGACUGUCACUCUGAGCAGGAUGUAGUGCGACUGAAAGAACAAGCAAUCAGCAUAAAGGCAAUUUUAAUUGCGUUAUGCAAACACAAUCAGUAUGUAUUGUAUUUUAAAUAUCAUGUUGUGCAAAAACUUUCACUGCAAUUUGAAAGUGCUGUGGUUUCCGGUGUCAUUGCACAGAGUGAGAGGCAGGUGUCAUGUGGUGACAGAAGUGGCAUCACACCUGCAGUAGCCUACAAGUAACCUGUGAACAGCACUGAUUGUCAGAAGCCUUUUCUCAGUUUCAGGUUUCACUGUGACAUGUGAACACUUCAUAAAGAGAUUUUUUAUUUCCUGCUAUUUUAUGUAUUUUAAAAAUGUUUGAAUUGUACAAUUUGUAUGAUUAAAGCAGUUGAAGGCU